UAGCGCGGCGCCGGCGGUUGAGCUGGAAGUCCUCGGUGCCGGUCGGCGGCUGGUGGGGAAGCUCCGAAAACCCGAGUGUCCGCUGCUCGGAUCAUCCAAGUGUUUGAGCAUGGCAGAAGGGGAUACCUUGGUCUCAGUGGAUUACGAAAUUUUUGGGAAGGUUCAAGGGGUGUUUUUCCGCAAGUACACGCAGGCUGAAGGUAAAAAGCUAGGCUUGGUAGGCUGGGUCCAAAACACUGAGCGGGGCACAGUGCAAGGACAACUGCAAGGCCCCAUCUCCAAGGUGCGGAAUAUGCAAGAGUGGCUGAGGACAAGAGGAAGCCCUAAAUCACACAUCGACAGAGCAAAAUUCAACAAUGAGAAAGCCAUUGUAAACUUGGAUUUUUCAGACUUCCAAAUUGUAAAGUAGACCUGAAUUUUAAUUUUUUCAAAAUAAUCUCACUUAUUUUUUUUUUUAAAUCAAGAUAGAACUAUUCUGUGCUCAUUAUUAGAAUUUGUCAGUAAGUUAUUUUGGUUGCCUAUUGAAAGUUACUGUGUAUUGCAUGUAUGCUGGAAUACAAUUGUGUACAAUUCUAACCAAUAAAAUCACAUUAGAACCUCA